AGAGAAUCCUCUUUGCUUGCCUCCAGGGCUUGGGGUCUUCAAGAGUUACAGGCUUCGAAGCUGUGUUCUUGGCAUCAUCGCGUUCCAGUCAAUUCUAAAAAUGAAGUACCUGAAAUCUGUUCUUUGAUAUGACAUACGUGCUAAACUGGGGAAUCCUGGCUCAAAGAAGUCUUGGGUAUGGGGCAUGGAAAUGAACACGGCCAUGGCCAUGGCAAAAUGGAACUCCCUGACUACAGGCAAUGGAAGAUAGAGGGUACUCCACUAGAGAAGGUCCAGGAAAGGCUAGCUAAACGGGGUCUUAGGGAUCCGUGGGCUCGUAAUGAAGCCUGGAGAUACAUGGGUGGCUUUGCAAAACCCGUCACCUUAACAGAAGUCUUUACUAGGGGACUCAAGUGGGGAUUUGCAGCUUUCGUCAUAGCUCUUGGCAUUGAAUAUACACUGUUUCCUCCAAAGAAGAAUGGAGGCCAUCACUGAAGAUCAAAUAUGACAACUGAAUACUUACUAACUACUAAACUGAAACAUACAUAAGCCUGCUGCUCACUCUGUACUUAUAAUUUACGUAUUAAAGUCUAUCACAGGCAAAAACAUGUUUCUUUGAUUUUUAUUAUACUUAUGUAGAAGGAUCAAAAAACAUAGCCAGAGCAGUUUACCUGACUUCAAUCUGGGGGAAAAAAACCAAGACAUACAUAUGCUCUUGGGUUUGUUGUACCAUCUUUUAAACAAUGGAGGAAACUAUCAACCAAGCUCUUUCAAGCCCUGCCAACAUUCUAUUAAAUGAACUUGAGAAAGUGUGUUGCUUUUAAGAGAAAAAAAUGUACUGUAUUAAUUACAGGUUUAAUAAUGAUUUUUUGCUAGUAAGUGGUAAUGAAUGACUUGUCAUUUCUUAAAAAUAUAAUUUGUUACCAUUCACUCUUACGUCUCUAAAUAAAAAGAUUACCUUUAAAAAGUA